CACAAAUAAACUUAACUUUUUGAUCACUUUGACGUAAGAAAAUUGUAAUAUCAAUAUUACAAACUUGGAUGAAAGUAACUUAAAAAUAAUUAAAUUACAAUCAAAUUACUCAAAAAGACGUUAUCGGACUGGAGGGAUACUGACAUCGACGUUCUUCAAUAAAUGCUUACAAAUAAUUGCACAGAAAAGUACUUUGUGAACGUGACUUGACUGUUGACUCGACACUUGAAAACUUUACGGACUAUAAUGAGCACUUGGAACCAAAUCGUACGACAUGAAGAACGAAAGGAGGAAAAGCCUCCUCAUUCCAGGAUUUUUGUUGUUUGUGGCAAACAAAUCAGAGAAGAAGACCUAAGGCCGUACUUUGAGCAAUUUGGUACCAUUGAAGAUAUAUACAUACCGAAGGACCGCACUUCAGGCGAAUCCAAAGGCGUAGCUUACAUUAAAUUUAAUAAAACUUCUUCAGCAGCUCUGGCCAUUCAAGAACUGCAUCUCAAAACCUUGAAAAGUGACUCAAAGCCUAUUAAAGUGAUGGUUGCUGUGAAUAGAAAUGACGCCAGCAGCUGCAGUGAGGAUAGGUAUACGCGGCUGUUUAUUAAAGUCCACAGAGAGGCAACUGAAAGUGAAAUAAAACAGCAUUUCUUUAAUUUUGGUCAUGUGGAAUCGGUUCAUUUGCAAAAGGAUAAAUUAACUGAAACCAAUAAGGGAUUUGCCUAUGUUCAAUAUAAAACAUUUGUUGACGCUGCAAAGGCUUAUGAAGAAUGUGACAGGAAGUACAAACCUAUGUUUGCAACUCCUAAGGAGGAAUUAAAAAGAAGUAGGAAUAGCUUGGAGAUGGAUAGCUAUCAUUCAAGUAAUUCUCCAUGUAGGGACAACUAUAUAGAACGCUAUCAUCAAAGAGAUGACAGUAAGAGAGAUAUUCUAAAUGGAGUAACAUUAAAUAAACCUUUUGAUUUCAACAGAGUAAAUGUUAAAUGCUUCCCUGCUGUGCCUCAACGGUAUAUAGAACAAUUGUUUAAUAUUGUACCUGGAAUGAAAAAUUGUCAAUAUGCCGUGGAUACAUAUAAUGGUGUGUGCAAGUCCAACAUCACAUAUGAGGAUAACAAAGCAGCUGCAUUGGCUAUAGACAAGCUUAAUAAUUUUGAAUUUCCUUCUGGGGAAAUAUUAACAGUCUGGCCUGAUAAGAAUCCUUUGAAUAAAGCUGCAGCAGAAUUGAGUAGUAUAGUCAAUAAUUUUAAAAAUGCUAUUGAUGCUGGCUCUCCUAACUUAGUGCAACUAGCGGAUGCGAUAGCACAAGCAUCCACUUUAAUUAAAGUUGUUACUUGUACUUCUGAAAUAUCCGAGGAACAUGAACAUGAUAUGAAUUACUGUAGCAUCCCCCUCCCUCCGCCCCAACCUUUGGCAAACAAUGCAAGCCGAGUGGUUCAAAGAUGUUUUAUAGUUUGUAGGCCUCAGCCUCCCCCUAGCUCUGUAUUGAGAGAUGUGUUCAGUAGAUUUGGUGACCUUAUACAUGUCUCAACAUUCCCCAAUAAAAUAUUUGGUUUUGCAAAAUAUGCAUCUAUGAAAUCGGCGCAGGCAGCCAUAGAAUGUUUAAAUGGUGCGGUUGUAUGUGGUAUACGCUUAAAAGUUAUGGAGGCUGAUGAAAAGCCUACAAAGAGUGACGAUCAAAGAAUGAAUGACGACGAACAAAAUGAUAACAGAGACAAUGAUAUAGACAGAAAGAGAAUAAGACUUGACGGUUCGGAAUAACGAGACAAGCAUGACGCGACCAUAAGUACAGACAGCAUAAUAUUUCUAUUUAAAUUACCUUAUUGUUAAUUUUAGUUUGUAUUAUAUGACUAUCUCUCACUCAUUUUAAUUAGUUUGUGUUGUAUUAUUUUUUAUUUUCUAUUUUUUACCAAAUUACUAUUUUGCUUUAUUUGAUGGCUUUUUUUA